AUGGCCGCCGUGGGUGCCCCUGACCUGAGCCCAGGCAGGCGUGAGGUGGGGCCCACAGCCAGGUGGGUUGGAAGAGAACAGCCCAUCUUCACCACCCGAGCGCACGUCUUCCAGAUUGACCCCAGCACCAAGAAGAACUGGGUGCCUGCGAGCAAGCAGGCGGUCACCGUUUCCUACUUCUACGAUGUCACAAGGAACAGCUACCGGAUCAUCAGUGUGGACGGAGCCAAGGUGAUCAUAAACAGCACAAUCACACCGAAUAUGACUUUCACCAAGACGUCGCAGAAGUUCGGGCAGUGGGCCGACAGCAGAGCCAACACGGUGUUUGGUUUGGGGUUUUCCUCUGAGCAGCAGCUGACAAAGUUUGCAGAGAAGUUCCAGGAGGUGAAAGAAGCUGCCAAACUAGCCAGAGAAAAGUCCCAGGAGAAAAUUGAGACCUCGAGUAAUCAUUCCCAAGCAUCCAGCGUCAACGGGACGGAUGAUGAAAAGGCUUCUCAUGCGGGUCCAGCCGACACGCACCUCAAGUCUGAGAAUGACAAGCUGAAGAUUGCGUUGACGCAGAGCGCGGCCAACGUGAAGAAGUGGGAGAUCGAGCUGCAGACCCUGCGGGAGAGCAACGCCCGGCUGACCACGGCGCUGCAGGAGUCGGCGGCCAGCGUGGAGCAGUGGAAGAGGCAGUUCUCCAUCUGCCGCGACGAGAAUGACCGGCUCCGCAACAAGAUCGACGAGCUGGAAGAGCAGUGCGGCGAGAUCAACAGAGAGAAGGAGAAGAACUCCCAGCUGAAGAGGAGGAUCGAGGAGCUGGAGGCAGAACUCCGAGAAAAGGAGACGGAGUUGAAGGAUCUCCGCAAACAAAGUGAAAUCAUACCUCAGCUCAUGUCAGAGUGCGAGUAUGUCUCUGAGAAGCUAGAGGCCGCGGAGAGAGACAACCAAAACCUGGAGGACAAAGUGCGUUCCCUGAAGACGGACAUUGAGGAGAGUAAGUACCGGCAGCGCCACCUGAAGGUGGAGCUGAAGAGCUUCCUGGAGGUGCUGGACGGGAAGAUCGACGACCUGCACGACUUCCGCCGCGGCCUGUCCAAGCUGGGCGCCGACAACUAGCGCCGCCCAGAGCCCCGCGCGUGCGCCGGACGUCGUCCUGUCGCGUCGUUCUGUCCGUGCGGGCGCGGUCUGCGCGUUUCCCAGCCGGCCGCGCCGCGCUCGCUCCUCCCGAGCAUCCGUCUCCUUUCGCUUCUCGGCCUCGUGAGGCUGUGGACACCGGGAAGGUUCUGACUCAGGAAUCCAGAACUAGGUCUACCUUAACCCUUUAUGCAGUCAGGGCAGGGACGUUUCUAUCUUUCCCAAGGGCUGUUGCAACCGUAUGAACUGAGAAGUAUUUUCUAAUCCAGAUACCAAUAUUCUUCACACCGGG